AUUUAAUUUCUAAGAAGUUUCAAGUCAACCUAGUUGGAUUGUACAUAAUAUAGUGAAAUUAAGUUUAUUAUAGUUUUAAUAUGAAGAUACCGCUACAGAGAUAAUGGACUGUUUAGACUAAAUAAAGUUACAGCUGAAAUUUUUGAAGUAGUUUAAGUGUUGAUAAGGUGCAAGCAGGAGUUCAAAUUUAAUAUUCUGAUAUAAUUAUCUGUGUGAAAAAUAGCACCGUGAGCUUUUGACUUAGUGUUCAUGCAUGAGUCUUCUUUAAAAAUUACACAAAAUAUAGCAUAAAUAUACAAAUACACGUUGGAUUAUUUUAACUAACGCUGGUUACCUGCAUUCGUACUUGAACGUUUUUCGCGCGGAGAAUGAAUCCAAAUCGAUUGAUAUUUUGUGAUUAAAGUGAUAAACUAUUUAAAAUGGCAUGUGCUAAAGCCUCACCAAAGAAAAGUAAGAAAAGGAGCGAGACGAGCGAAGAGAGUAUGAGGAAGGACAACACAUGGAACGUGUCCGUGAACACUGAUAGACCAAUGCUGGAGGACGACGCGCAUUUAAAAGUAAGUUACUCGCCAGGCAAGAAGGGUGGUAACUUUGGACUCCCUCUUGGUGCAAAACUUAUCGUUCCUGACGGCAUCUUUAACAAGAAAGACAACAUCACGUGUGAAGUAGCGCCACCUACACAAAGAUGGAAAUACACACCAGUACUUCCGCUUCACGAACACCUGACAAGCGAGAUAUUUCUGUUUUCAUCGUCAGUCAGUAUUCUGAAGAAAGCCGUAGUCAUCCAAAUUCCAUAUUACCCUAUAGAUCCCGAACAUUCAGAAAUAAAUGUGAAAGGAAAAUGGAAGGAUGAAAAUGAAUGGGUUGAUGUUGGAUUCUUGAGAAAGGAUGGUGGAAAAUCACCAUGUGUAGAAUUAGAGGUCGACCGCCUUGGUAUGUUUGUUGUGACCUUCACCCCCAAGAAGGAAUUGUUUGACGUCACUGUUCAGGGAUGUCUGUACAAUUCAAGACUUAGCAAAUAUAUCAGCAUUAGAUUUCCAAAGAAAACAACAGACAAGAACUUUCAGUGUACGAUACAGAUAAAUCCUAUUGCCCCUGAGAAAGUUCAGUUAGCUAAACAGAAUUUCCCACACGAGACGAACGAACUUGUGGAGACAUCUGAGUUUAUCGACAUAUUACCCGAAUAUCCAGUUACCUUCAAGAGAGCUGUGUCAGUUAAGUUACCAUUACCCGCUGGAUUCGAGGAGAGUGAAGAGAAAAAGACCGAUGACAUUGCGGUGCUUCAGAAGACUCCCAAUGGCUGGGCGAUGGUAGAAGGAGCAUAUAAGUUCACAAGGACGACAGUGACAUUUGAUGUCAAAACAUUAUCAACGUUUUGUGUUGCUUUGUCGAAACCAAGCAGAAAAACUGCCUUACACAGAUCUAUAACGGUGCUAGAAGGUCGGGUGAGCAAAGAAAUGGGAGAGAUACUCGUGUUUAUAAAUAUACAAGAAAAAUUAUGGGUUGUCGUUCUUGAAUGUUGCCCAAUUAACCGAAAGGAAGAGAAAGUAGCGGAAAGAAAAGGCAAGGGAUAUCAAUUAAUAGACAAAUCUCAAAUUCAAAAAGAGGAAGAGAAAAAGCCAGCAUUUAGUUCAAGGCGUCCUCCACCUCCAAUGCAAAAACAAAAAGCACCGGAAGUAAAUGGUUUCGAAAUAUAUGACGGUAUGAAGUGGGGUAUAGAAGUCACAGACGAUAUAAAAGUUAGUUUUGAAAGUGAUUACCUAGACAAUAAAGAGUUGCAAUUUUUCAAAUUUUUACCAGAAAGCUAUAGACGUUUUGUGAUUGAGCCAAAAACGAAUGAAGAAAAAGGGCUGAUAGGCAAUAUUAGUUUUGUUCCAGUAGACUCUACGGAUCAGUUAGCGAAAUUCGCAUCUACUAUAAAAUUCAAAGUUGAGAUAUCUGAAGACAACGUUCGAGCCUAUUUCAAGCCAGAGUUUGUACCAGAAGAGCCUAAACCAGAAAAAGAGACACCAAAGAUUGAGUUCGACCUAAAUAUCAAAGGAGAGGAGAAAAAGGACGAACCGUCGGUACCGAGAUUCAAACCGAUACCAUCCACAGUGAUGGAGCGGUUGAUGCGAACGAGCAGGAAACCAAUCGUUUUGGAGAAGGAGUCUCGUAUUUUGUCGGGCAAGAGCCUCAUGACUCUGUCAAGGUUGGUACCAGAGGGUCUUACUUUAGCUGUGCACUUAGACCUCCCGGACAGUACGAUCACAGGUCUUGGGUUCGAUGCCAUAUCUAACGGUCUUGGAAUGGUUGACGUUACGUACAAGAUAUUACUGUACUGGAAACGUCAGAUGAAGGAUAAAAAAGAUGGUGCUGUCAACGUACUGUCUAUGGCGCUACGUGAUAUGGGUAGAGAUGACAUUGCGGAAGUUGUUAAUGAAAGACAUAAAGAAAAUAAAGACUUGACUUUAGACUGUUUUAUUCGAUCAUGAUGCUAAUAUUUUAGCAGAGUAAAUGUUGACUAAUGGAAGCGCUUGGAUU